CCUGUUUUGUACAGCAGAAACUGCAGUAAAGAAUAAAACAUUGGUGAAGAUUCAGUUUCACUAAAUUAUAGGAGGCGUUGGAACAUACAAACCAAAAGAACGUGAACUUUCUGGUUUGUCAACAGAGCAGCAAGUGAAUUGCAGCCAGUCCUGGAGCAGAGACUUUACAAAUCCAGUCCGUGGGCAGAUGUGAGCCAUUGGAUUGCAAGUCGGAGCCGGAGCAGCAGCUUGGAGCAGCAAGCACGUUGAUUAAUUACAGCAAGUGAACUUCAGGAAGUCCUUACGAGGCCAGAAUCGUUGGAAGAAGAUGAGUGUCGCUGUGGUUGACUUUGGCUCAUUUGCCUUGGGUCAAGCUGUACCUUCAGCCCAUGAAAUGAAACGAUUAUCCACAGAGAUCGGACGGGCAUUCAGUGAACUUGGAUUUGUGUACCUCAAAAACCCCGGCAUCAAAGAUGAGCAAGUGUUUGAAGCAAUGGACAUCUGCAGGAAGUUCUUUCUACUUCCCAAGGACAUUAAACAGCAAUAUGCUCGUUCCAAGGACUCAGAUAUUCCAUGCCAUGGCUGGAUAGAUUUUCAGACUGAGAGCUUAAACCCAACGGAAAUGAAUGACCUGAAAGAAGCCUUUAAUGUGACAUCGUUGUCUUCCACUGACGUAAGAUCUCAGAAUUCACAUUGAGAUUGGAUUGCAAUCCA